UUCUUGAAAGUUGAAACAUGCCUUUGCUGAUUGCAGUCAAAGGAAAAUCUGGGUUCUCUGCAAGAAACACAGCUGAAGAUGUUACAAAAGGAAUUGAUGGUCAUGGCUUAACUGCCAUCAUUACAGAACCUACAAGUGGCAUUGGCCUAGAAACCGCGCGUGUGCUAGCUUUACGUGGCGUACAUGUAGUUAUGGCAGCCAGGAAUGUGGAAGCCGCUGCAAAAUGUAAGGAAACCAUAAUAAAGAGCUGCCCUAGUGCUACUAUUGAUGUUAUGAAGCUUGAGCUGAGGUCUCUGAAAUCGGUCACAAACUUUGCAAAUGAGUACAUUUCCAUGGGCCUACCCCUAAACAUCCUCAUUUGUAAUGCAGGUGUGACGGCUCCUCCAGUUUCCCUUUCUAAAGAUGGAAGUGAGAGUCGGUUUGCAACUAAUUAUCUUGGACAUUUCCAUUUGACGAAUCUGCUGUUGGACACGAUGAAAAAUACUGCUAAAAAUUGGAGACGAGAAGGGAGGAUUGUUUUAGUUUCAUCAGAAGUUCAUAGGCUGACUUACAAAGGGGGGAUCAUUGGCAUGUUUUCUCUAUUUCUCUACAAUAGUUUCUAUGCUUAUGGGCAAUCAAAGCUUGCUAAUACUCUUCACGCCAAGGAGCUAACAAGGCGCCUCAAGGAAGAAGGGGCGGACAUAACUAUCAAUGCGUUGCAUCCUGGAAUCACUGAAACCAGUCUUUCACGUCACUCGAACUUUAUGUCAAAUAGCAUAUAUGGACUCUUCAAACACCUUCAAAAGAGUAUUUCACAGGGAGCUUCAACCACAUGCUAUUUGGCAUUAAACCCAAAGGUGAAAGGAGUUAGCGGCGAGUAUUUUGCUGACAAUAAUAUGGCGAAGCCGAGCAGUAACGCCAAAGAUGCUGAGUUGGCAAAGAAACUCUGGGAAUGUGGUAUGGAGUUGACCAAGUCAAAGUCAACAAGACAAGUUUAAGUGUUGUUUAUUGUAAUGUGCAAUGUGCAUGUAUCCACUUAAUCAGUUAUAUUUAAUGUUAUAUUUGAACAUGCAUACAAAAAAAAAGAUAUUAAAGAUUAUGC